AGAUGCCAAACUUCCGGUCUUGAAUUACUCCACCAUGUUUGUUGACUAGCAACUUAGCACCAGAUUCAUGAACAAGAAGCAAGAGGAGAAACACAGAAAAAGAGCAAAAAAUCGAUCCUACUCUAAUACCUUCACUACGACAACUGACGAUCUGUUAUGGCUUCACGAUUCCCACGCUCUAAUCUGCAUCAACGCGAUCCCCGCGCUGCUUCGUCUCUUUUUGACUCGUACGGUGGCAAUUCUCGACCCGCCAGUAGGUCACCCGGCCAAGUCGGUGGGUAUGGGUAUGGAGGAUACCCUGGCCCUGGAGGGGAUGGGUCUUCGAACGGCGGUGCUACGGCGGGAGGCUAUAGAAGCGCGACACCGAAUGCGAAGGGACAAUACUCGGAUGCCGUCCUUUCCCAUCUCGAAUCCCAGAAUGACGUGGAGGUUGAAGGAAUCAGUGCGAAGGUGAAAAUGCUCAAAGAUAUCACACUCGCUAUCGGCGAUGAAAUCCGGGACACCUCUACUAUCUCAGAGCUAAACGAUUCAUUCGACAACACACGUCUCCGAAUCCGAGGAAACAUGAAUCGCAUGCUGCGGAUGGCUGAGCGGACUGGCGUUGGCUGGCGUGUGUGGCUGGGGUUCUUCCUGGCUGUGUUCCUACUUUUUGGGUAUGUCUGGCUGACUUAAAUUGGAGCGUCAGGACCUUCUGUUCUGCAGCCCUGCUUCAUCCUCAAGGUGCUCUCCGCAGUGCCAUCUACCCAUAUCCGUCAAAGCAAUGCCCACCCGUGCACAAGGGCCUCCUUGUACAACCGCUUUUGUUUAUAUAAUUUCGAGGUUUGCCAGCUUAGCAUGAUUACUGGACUAUGGCGUUUCCCCUUUUGGCGUUGUGCUUUUAUCAAUGUUCUAUCCUGCGAUGGGAUUUGCAUCAUCCAACUAGAUUCUUUAUUUCCUUCCCUGGUGCCUCAUUUUCAAUAUUCCAUUUAUAGAAAAAUGGUUGUAACUUAGUCUCAUGUACCAUAUCGAACCACCCAGAUUUCAUCAUAUUGCAUACCCG